AUGGACAGCAGCACCUGGAGCCCCCCGGCCACGGCCACCGCCGAGCCCCUCCAGGCCUACGAGCGCAUCCGCAAUGCAGCUGACAUCUCUGUCAUCGUCAUCUACUUCGUGGUGGUGAUGGCUGUCGGGCUGUGGGCCAUGUUUUCCACUAACCGUGGGACUGUUGGAGGCUUCUUCCUGGCAGGUCGAAGUAUGGUGUGGUGGCCGAUUGGAGCCUCUCUGUUUGCCAGUAACAUUGGAAGCGGCCACUUUGUGGGACUGGCAGGGACUGGAGCAGCUGCAGGAAUUGCCACUGGGGGCUUUGAAUGGAAUGCCCUGAUUUUGGUGGUUUUGCUGGGCUGGGUGUUUGUCCCCAUUUACAUCAAGGCUGGGGUGGUGACGAUGCCGGAGUACCUGCGGAAGCGAUUUGGAGGCCAGCGGAUCCAGGUCUACCUGUCUGUCCUGUCCCUGGUGCUGUACAUUUUCACCAAGAUCUCGGCAGACAUCUUUUCUGGGGCCAUAUUCAUCAACUUGGCCUUGGGCCUGGAUCUCUAUCUGGCCAUCUUUAUCUUAUUGGCAAUCACCGCCCUUUACACAAUCACAGGGGGCCUGGCGGCUGUGAUUUACACAGACACCUUGCAGACGGUGAUUAUGCUCCUGGGGUCCUUCAUCCUGACUGGGUUUGCUUUCCACGAAGUGGGAGGGUAUGGUGCCUUCGUGACAAAAUACAUGAAUGCCAUUCCAACUGUGACCUCUUAUGGAAACACCACCGUCAAGAAAGAGUGCUACACCCCGAGGGCUGACUCCUUCCACAUCUUCCGCGAUCCUCUCAAGGGAGACCUGCCCUGGCCUGGGCUCAUCUUUGGGCUGACCAUCAUCUCCCUGUGGUACUGGUGCACAGACCAGGUCAUUGUGCAGCGCUGCCUCUCUGCCAAAAACAUGUCACACGUGAAGGCUGGCUGCAUCAUGUGUGGGUACAUGAAGCUGCUGCCCAUGUUCCUCAUGGUGAUGCCAGGGAUGAUCAGCCGCAUCCUGUUCACAGAGAAAGUUGCCUGCACCGUCCCCUCAGAGUGUGAGAAAUAUUGCGGCACCAAGGUUGGCUGUACCAACAUCGCCUACCCGACCUUGGUGGUGGAGCUCAUGCCCAAUGGACUGCGAGGCCUGAUGCUGUCAGUCAUGCUGGCCUCUCUCAUGAGCUCCCUGACCUCCAUCUUCAACAGUGCCAGCACCCUCUUCACCAUGGACAUCUACACCAAGAUCCGGAAGAAAGCAUCUGAGAAAGAGCUCAUGAUCGCAGGACGGUUGUUCAUGCUGGUACUGAUCGGCGUCAGCAUCGCCUGGGUGCCCGUCGUGCAGUCAGCACAAAGUGGACAGCUCUUUGACUACAUCCAGUCCAUCACCAGUUACUUGGGACCACCCAUCGCAGCAGUUUUCCUGCUUGCUAUUUUCUGCAAGAGAGUCAAUGAGCCGGGAGCCUUUUGGGGGUUGAUCAUAGGAUUUUUGAUUGGGGUGUCCCGUAUGAUUACCGAGUUUGCCUAUGGAACCGGGAGCUGCAUGGAGCCCAGCAACUGUCCCACGAUUAUCUGCGGUGUGCACUACUUGUACUUUGCCAUCAUCCUCUUUGUCAUUACUAUCAUCGUCAUCCUGGCCAUCUCCCUCUUCACCAAGCCCAUUGCAGAUGUGCAUCUCUACCGCCUGUGCUGGAGCCUGCGUAACAGCAAAGAGGAGCGUAUUGACCUGGAUGCAGAAGACGAGGACAUUCAAGACGCCCGGGAGGAUGCCUUAGAAAUAGACACCGAAGCUUCUGAGGAGAAAAAAGGAUGCCUCAGGCAGGCCUAUGACAUGUUCUGUGGCCUGGACCAGCAGAAAGGCCCCAAAAUGACGAAGGAAGAGGAGGCAGCCAUGAAGCUGAAGAUGACAGACACCUCGGAGAAGCGUUUGUGGCGGAUGGUAGUGAACAUCAACGGCAUCAUUCUGCUGGCCGUGGCUGUCUUCUGCCACGCCUACUUUGCCUGAGUCCUGCUUUCUGCUGCAGGCCGUGCUUGUGGAGGCUGGAGUCUUCACUCUGUCUCUCUUUGGUCCCAUUCAGUGGUGUUGAAGGGACACCAGCCAGUUGUAAACUCUGCCCUGUCGAUAAAUGUGUACAUUUGUAAUUACAGGCUAGCUAGAGAAAAAUCACUGAUUUGCUGUUAACUUAUAUAUUCGAGGCCAGUGUGGUACAGUCAUCUGUACAUUUCAGAGCUGCAGAAGGAAAUCCCACUCAUCCCAGUGUCUAGGAAAAGGCAGACUAAGAUACAGAAGCCCCGUGAUGUCUGAUGCACAUUUUUCUCAGGUAGAUUCAGCAUGUUAACAUUGUUUGUGAUCCUUAAAUACUGCUUAAAGAGUUGUGGUCCCCUGGUUACUACCACUUUCUCUAUCUAACAUCCCCUGUCAUUUUUUUUUUAACUUUAUUUUACUUUAAGAAAGCAUCACCCUACCUCAUGAAAUCCUUGUCAAGUUUUCCUGGCAUGAGAAAAAUCAACCUGAUAAAUUGAUGAACAUAUUGAAGCUGAGGAUGGGAGCUUGAUGGGGUCUGUGUCCUGGGUGUUUGCUCUUUGAAGGAGAGGCCUGGACAUGGCAGUACCAGUCCAAUGAGAGGGAUCCAAGCACCAGCCUCGGGCCAGGGGGGAAAGCAGAUAAUCUUGAGCCAAGAGGAUUUUCUGGCUUUCUUGAAAGUGUUCAUUGUCAGUUCCUUGUGUUUGAGAUUUCAUUGAUUUUGGCAUUUCCUGUGCCUGGA